AUUAUCAAUCCAAUCGCCUGGCAACUGCACCUCCUCUCCAGUGACACCUCCCAUCCUCAAUAGCACCAUGGGCGAAGCACCCCCCGUCAAAGACCACCUGCUCAUCUCCUACGGCAGCAAACUCCCCCAUUGGCUGCUGGAAGAGACCCAGGCUAAAUUCCCCGAGGCCGAGGUCUCCGUGAUCCAAUUGCCCAACUUUGCCCCCAUCCCGGCUGAAAUCGCCCGCAAAGCCACUCUCCUCGUCACCUUCAGCAACCUCCCCGCCCCCGAAGAUGCAUCCAAAAUCAAAAUCAUCCACUCCUUCUCCGCCGGUCUGGACCAUCUGCUCGCCCACCCCAUCAUCAAAGACACCACCAUCCCUCUCACCUCCAGCUCCGGCAUCCACGGCCCUCCGAUCGCCGAAUGGACCAUCAUGAACUGGCUGGUCGCCUCCCGUCGCUUCAUCGACACCCACAACAACCAGCAGAAGCAUCUCUGGCAGCGGGACGAGAACAUCAUGGAAACCGUCCAUGACCAGGUGGGCAAGAAAGUGGGCAUCUUGGGAUACGGAAGUAUCGGACGACAAAUUGGCCGCGUGGCCUCGGCCCUCGGGAUGCAAGUGCACGCCUACACGGCCUCGCCCCGUCCCACGCCCGCCUCCCGCAUCGACCACGGCUAUAUUGUCCCCGGCACAGGGGACCACGACGGGACCAUCCCGGUUUCCUGGCAUCAUGGAACCGACAAGGCCUCGAUUCACGAGUUCCUCUCCCUCGGGCUGGACCACCUCGUCAUCGCAUUGCCCUUGACCCCGCAGACCACCCGGCUGCUCGGGGCCGAAGAGUUCGAGAUCCUCAGUCGCGGGGUGCCCUCGUCGCGGCCCAGACCCUAUCUGACGAAUAUCUCGCGCGGCAAGGUGUUGGAUCAGGCGGCGUUGGUGGCGGCGUUGAAGGGGGGGGUGUUGAGUGGUGCGGCGCUGGAUGUGGCGGAUCCCGAACCCUUGCCGGCGGAUGAUCCCUUGUGGGAGGCACCCAACGUGCAGAUCAGUCCGCAUGUUAGUUCCGCGGGGAGGGAGUAUAUGCCCCGGUCGUUGGAUAUCCUCAAGGUCAACCUCGGCAGGCUGGAGCGGGGAGAGAAGUUGUUGAAUGUGUUACAGCGGGGACGGGGAUAUUAAACCCAUUAUUCUUGGAAUUGAAAGUGGUAGAGUAGACUAGACGUGAUCCGUGUACAUGAUUUAUGAUUUAAUGAAUGGUAUAUGGAACCAUGAAAUC